AUGGGUUGUUGUGAAUCCGUUGAGGUGGAUGCGAGCCAAUACGCCGGUGCCAAUGGAGGAGCACCACAGGAAUCCGCUGUCAAGGCGCCAGAAAAGGCCUUGCGUAAGGUUGAAUGCAGUGAAGAACCAAAGGAAAUAAUUUGUGGAGGAUUGCGGUUACGUUAUGCCUUUCUAAGUCAAAAGGGUUAUUAUCCAGACGAUCCACACAAACCCAAUCAAGAUGCUUACAGUAUCACUGAGCGUUUUGGAAGCAAAGAAUCGAACGACUCUUUCUUUGCCGUUUAUGAUGGUCACGGCAGAGAUGGUGAUCUUUGUGCCCAAUUUGCUCGCGAUAAAAUGUGCGGAUACCUUGCCAAACAUCUCAAGAAAGCAAAAGACAAGGAAGGCAAAACCCAAAAGGCAGAGAUCCAACAAAGAAUUGAACGGCAUCCUAAUCCUUCUUCUCUUGAUCCUUUGAAUUAUAUAGAGCUUCCUAGAGAAGCCUUUCAGCAGGCUUGCAGUAAGGCUCAUGUGGAUUGCAACAUGGCGAUGCACCAAGAUCAAUCUCUUGAUGAUUCCUUGUCGGGAACCACUGCCAUUUCAGUCUAUGUUCACGGCCGCAGAAAUCGUAUUACCAUUUGCAACGUCGGUGAUAGUCGAGCAGUUCUGGGCAAGUCGUCCACCAGUGGCAAGUCUGGAGCCCGUGAAGCACUCAAGGCCUUUCCAUUGUCCCGUGAUCAAACACCUUACCGACGAGAUGAACGGGUGCGUAUAAGAGCGACGGGAGCAAGAAUUCUUUCCUUGGACCAACUGGAGGGACUAGAACCCAUUCUGGAUGAAUCUCAAAACCAAGAUGAUCUGGAGCUUGGCGAAGAAUUGGACGAGGGUGGUGAUCCUCCUCGUGUGUGGAGUCCCAAUGGAGACUAUCCAGGAACUGCCUUUACGCGGUCGCUGGGCGAUGCCAUGGCUGAGGAACUUGGUGUUUUUGCCGAGCCAGAGAUGUUGACUCGUGAAAUCAAGCCAGACGAUCGUAUCUUGGUGAUUGCUAGUGAUGGAAUUUACGAGUUCCUUACCAAUCAGAGUGUCAUUGACAUUUGCGCUAAGUUCACAGAUCCACUAGAGGCCUGUAGGGCAGUGGUUGCAGAGAGUUACGAACUUUGGCUCCAAUACGAAUUGAGAACUGAUGAUAUCACCAUCAUUGUGGUAUUUUUGGAUCAGAUUAUGGAUGCCAGCCUAAUGGAGCGAGAAUACAUUACUUCCCGACGUGACGAUCUCAUGUCUGCUAGAAAGGCAUCUCUAACUAUGAUGAGUCCGGCAGAGCUUGAAGAGUCCGAACACAUGGAACCUGGUGCUGACUCGGACGAUGAGUUCCAAUUGGGACAAGAGGCCUUCCGUCCUGUCCGUACUCGUAUGACUAAAGAAAAGGCUCAGGAAAUUGAAAAGCUCAAGAAUAGCGUUGAAACUGACUUUGCCGAUGAAUUGGCAGAAGAAGUGGACAUUGAAAAACUAUAUACCGAAAAGACGGUAUCCGAAAAGGCGCGUAUUGCCGAUGCCAUCAAGACAUCUGUCAUGUUCCGAAACAUCACGGAAGAUCAACGAGAAAUGAUCUUUGGAGUGAUGGAACCCAUUUCCGUCAAGGCUGGAACUUGGGUCAUUAAGCAGGGAUCCUUUGGAGAUCGUUUCUACAUUAUUGAUGAGGGCCGAUUUGAAGUUCGUAUUGUCGGAGAAGGCGAUCGGGAUGAUGGUACUGGAGGUUCUCUUAUUCACGUAUACGAGGGUUCGGUUGCCAAGCACUCUCACCCUUGUUUUGGUGAACUUGCCCUCAUGUAUUCUGCACCCAGAUCUGCUUCCAUUAUUGCCCGAACUGAUGGUCACUUGUGGGGGCUUCAUCGCUCCGCUUUCCGUCAAGUCUUGGCGCAAUCACAAGGUACUCGCAAGGAAUUGAUGCACACCUUGUCCGGAAUUCCAAUGUUUUCUGAACUUGAAGAGGAAGAGAUCGUGGCUCUUGCUGUUGCAUUUGAUGAGAUUGCCUUUGGCCGUGGUGAAAACAUUAUUGAACAGGGUCACUUUGGUGAUACUAUGUAUGUCAUCACAUCAGGAUCUUGUGAAUUGGUGCGACUGGUGAAGGGAACGGCCAGAAACUCACCCAUCAAGGCCGGUGAUUACUUUGGUCACGAAGUUAUGAUCGACCACCAAAAGUAUUUGGCUACAGUUGUUUCACUGCAAACAACGACUGGAUGGAAGAUUUCUCGAGCCAAGCUUAACAAGGCAGUGGACAUUGAGAAACUGAAGAAGGCUCCCCGCAAAAAGGGAUAA